AUGACUGUUCAGUAUAACUUGGAUGUAUCAACUUCUCGACCUUGGACUUUAUUUAAACUUUUAUUCCGAUGGCGUGGAAGUAUAUGGAAAUCAAUAAUUCUUGAAUUAUUUGUUUGGCUGGUAUUAUUUGCAGUAAUAUCAGUAAUAUACCGUGUUGCUUUAACCAGUGAACAAGUUAGCACAUUUGAGCAGUUCGUAGAUUACUGUGAUGAAAAAUUGGAUUAUAUUCCAUUGAACUUCAUGCUCGGCUUUUUUGUCACAAUUGUUUUAUCAAGAUGGAUCAACUUUUUCGUAAAUAUUGGCUACAUUGAUAAUAUAGCUUUAUUGGUAGCAGCAUAUGUGAAGGGGUCGGACGAUCGAGCACGAAUGCUACGUCGAAAUAUCAUUCGAUACUGCGUUCUAUCGCAAGCGCUUAUAUUCCGUGAUAUCAGUAUGAGAGUGCGGAAACGGUUUCCAACAAUCGAAGCAUUGGUUGCUGCUGGUUUUAUGAUGAAACACGAAAAAGAGAAAUAUGAUGCUAUUCAAUAUCGCUAUGCUAAAUAUUGGAUGCCAUUCCAGUGGGCAUUAUCACUUUGUCAGGAAGCACGAAAUCAGCAAAAAAUUUCCAGCGAUAUUUUACUUGAAAAAGUUGGCGAGGAAAUUAAACUAUUUCGUACAAAUUUGGCAAUUUUAUGUAACUUUGAUUGGGUACCGUUGCCAAUUAUGUAUCCGCAAUUAAUUGUCUUAGCUGUUCACACAUAUUUUCUCGUUGGUGCUAUUGCCAGGCAAUAUAUUACGAGUGAAAAAGCACAAAAUAAAUCAACGCUGGAUAUGUACUUUCCGGUGAUGACCAUUAUUCAGUUCGUUUUCUAUAUGGGAUGGCUAAAAGUAGCAGAAGCAAUGUUGAAUCCGUUCGGUGAAGAUGACGAUGACUUUGAAUGCAAUUUUCUUCUCGACAAAAACCUUAGCGUUGGCUUGACAAUCGUAGACGACGGAUACAACAAGAUACCCGCAUUACUCAAAGAUGUUUUCUGGAGCGAAACCGAAAUUGAGCCGUUAUAUUCAGCGGAAUCAGCCCGUGGAGAAUAUCGACUUUCCGGUUUGACGGGUUCUACUGCAAACGUUCGGUUAGCUGAUCAAGACAGAAAAAUUAAAAUGUUGCCAUUAUCACGAGAAGCCGAUAAUCACUAUUCAAUUUCUGGAUUUUUAAGAAGUUCGAUGCGACACAGCUUACGCGGUGGAAGAACUGACCAUCAUGGUGGUAUUAUGAAUAUUGUUCGUCAGAAAUUUGGUAGGUCAUUAAGCUAUUCACAUUUCAACACGAGUCAGAAUGUCAAUGAUUGCGGUAGCAGAACGAAUCAAAGUGUGGACGAAUUAUCAGGCCUGGAAAAAGGCUAUUCAAAGGGGAUGAGUAACAAUGAAAGUCGCCGGAGCAGUUUAAAUCGUGUUCUGGAAACUAUUAUCAAUGAAUCUUAUGACAACCCGAAUGUUAAUUUAUCAGAUGAAGACUUGCCACUUACAUUGAAACAUUUAUCAAUUAGCACAACUGGUGAUGGUCGACAUUCGGGCCAUCUUACAUUGUCACAAACGUCGAUGUUACACAAACUGGAAGAUUUGGAGGAGGAAACAGAAGAAGCUAUAGGCAGGAAAAAUACUCUCGUAGAAAAUCCUUCAACUAACGCUAAAUAUACCUCCAUGAAUAACGUAGGAUUACGCAAUGAUGACGUACAGAUUGGAGCUGUUGACAGUUUAUUACCGACAACAACUCGACGACAAAGCAUUGCAUCAAACAGUGUAAAUUCGGAUGGUAUUGGUAUUCAGAUGAUUCUCCGUAGACAGAAAUCAUAUCCUCAAGUCAACUUAGAAAAUAAAUCAUCACUUACGUAA